AUGGAGUUCAGUGAGUGGGAGGUUCAGCGUAGAGACAUCGACAAAAUCUUUGAAUGGAUGAAGCGGACAGUGUGCCACAGCUAUCUUAAGACCUGUGUGCACGUGACACACAGUUGGAAGGAAGCAUACAAUAACUUGAAGACACAAGUUGGCCAAGGAUCGCGAGAAAUCCAGCGACGAAUACGAGAUGACUAUAACCAGCACAUGAAACCUUUCAGAGGCACUCCACGAGAUCUGGAGGCUUGGUUGAUCAAGUGGGAAGAAAUCAUGCUUCAAGGAAAGAAGAAAUCCAUGUUUCUCGAAGCUAUUCGACCACUAGAUGAGGCGUGGGUAACGUCUUUUGAGCACUCAAUCGAUCCAAAGAUUGAUGACAAAUCUCUUACCUAUAAGGAUCUGUCAAAUGGCUUCCGGAGACUCAUCCCACGACUCCGUACAAAACGACAAUCCCGUAUAAUAAAAGGCUCUUUCGCCACUCAUCUGAGUAAGAGCGACGACAGCGAAGAAGAAAAUGAAGAAAGCUUGCAGCGAGGGAGAGCUGUGGAGCGUGGUCGACGACGUUCGCGAUCACAAUCAUUUGAAGGAGGACAGCGCAGCGGAUUUGCUCCAGAUAAAAGAGGUGGACCUAAACCGACCUGCCCUGCAUGCGGAGGCAUGCACUUUAUUGACUUCUGCUUCUAUAUUUUUGGUUAUAAGGCUCCUCAAGAGUUUGAGCCAAGACUUUGGCUUCAACAAAGAGCCGAUAGAUGGCUCAACAGCAAUGCACCAUUAGCAAAAGAGAACAGGGACAAGCUCCUUCUCAAAGGAAAGAACGAUCUCGCUCUAGAAGUCGAUCCCAAGAGCGACGAGAACCUAUAA